UUAAAUGGACUGUUGGUGUAUUGUCAUCGGGGCUUGUUGAACGCGGCAAAUUCCGGCGUCCGUCGUUUAUAAAUUUUUUAUUAUUAUUAUCAACAAUAUAUCUACAAGCCAAUUAAAUAAUAAUAAAUAAAAAUAUAAAUAAUAUCUAAUAAAAAUUAAUAUGUUGUGUUAGCUUAGUGAAGUUUAAUAAAAAUGAGUUUUUCCAGUGAUGAGGUCAAUUUUUUGGUCUACCGUUAUCUCCAGGAGUCAGGUUUUUUACAUUCGGCAUAUACAUUUGGUCUUGAAUCACAUAUAUCACAAAGCAAUAUAAAUGGUGCUCUUGUACCACCAGCUGCCUUACUGUCAAUACUACAAAAAGGUUUGCAAUAUACAGAAGCUGAAAUAUCAAUUGGUGAAGAUGGUACUGAACAAAGAAUGGUUGAAUCAUUAUCACUUAUUGAUGCUGUUAUGCCUGAUGUUGUUGCAUCAAGACAAAAUCAACAAAAUCAAGCUAAACAACAGGUGAAAACAGAAGUACAAGAUACAAAUGGUGAAGAAGUUGUAACGUCAAAUGAUGCUACUGCUGGUAGUGAAAGAGGUAACGAACGUCCAGAAAUGGAAGUUGAUGAACAACGUGAAGGUUCAAGUGUUAUUAAUAAUACAAGUGCUGUUGAAAUACCAGCAAAUAAAGCAACAAAAUUACGUGGACAUGAAUCAGAAGUAUUUAUAUGUGCAUGGAAUCCAACAAUUGAUUUACUUGCAUCUGGUUCUGGUGAUAGUACAGCUAGAAUUUGGGACAUGUCUGAUCACUCAUCAUCACCAAAUCAACUUGUAUUACGUCAUUGUAUACAAAGAGGUGGUACUGAAGUACCAAGUAAUAAAGAUGUAACAUCACUUGAUUGGAAUUGUGAUGGUCAAUUACUAGCAACUGGUAGUUAUGAUGGUUAUGCACGUAUAUGGACAACUGAUGGAAGAUUAUCAUCAACACUUGGUCAACAUAAAGGUCCAAUAUUUGCACUUAAAUGGAAUAAACGUGGUAAUUAUAUAUUAAGUGCUGGUGUUGAUAGAACAACAAUAAUAUGGGAUGCUGCUAGUGGACAAUGUACACAACAAUUUAGUUUUCAUUGUGCACCAGCACUUGAUGUUGAUUGGCAGACAAAUACAUCAUUUGCUAGUUGUUCAACUGAUCAAUGUAUACAUGUUUGUAAAUUAAAUGUUGAUAAACCAAUUAAAAGCUUUCAAGGUCACACGAAUGAAGUUAAUGCAAUUAAAUGGGAUCCACAAGGUAUAUUACUUGCAAGUUGUUCUGAUGAUAUGAGUUUAAAAAUCUGGUCAAUGAAACAAGAUACAUGGGUACAUGAUCUUCAAGCACAUAGUAAAGAAAUUUAUACAAUUAAAUGGUCACCAACUGGACCAGGUACACAUAAUCCAAAUAUGAAUUUAACACUAGCAAGUGCAUCAUUUGAUUCAACAGUUAGAUUAUGGGAUGUUGAAAGAGGUGCUUGUAUACAUACAUUAACAAAACAUACUGAACCAGUUUAUUCAGUUGCAUUCAGUCCAGAUGGUAAAUUUCUUGCUAGUGGAAGUUUUGAUAAAUGUGUACAUAUUUGGUCGACUCAGAGUGGACAAUUGGUACAUAGCUAUAAAGGUACUGGUGGUAUAUUUGAAGUAUGCUGGAAUAGCCGAGGUGAUAAAGUUGGAGCAUCAGCAUCUGAUGGAAGUGUAUUUGUUCUUGAUCUUCGUAAGCUAUGAUAAAUUCAAAUUUAGUUUUUUUUUUUUAUUUUGUCAAUAAACUUCCACUUUUUUAUUUUUUUUUUUUUAUUGCUAGUACAACAAACUGUACAUUCUUGAAUCAUCACAUAUUAUUGUUUUUUUUUUUUUUUUAAUGAAGGAAAAAUAUAACUCAUGAAUUUAUUUUUUUUUUCAUUAAAUUAUUUCACAACUUAUACUUCACGUCUUUUUUUUUUUUUUUUUUUUUCUACAUCAUCUUCAUGUUUUGCAUUAAUAUUUUUAUAUUUUUCAUAUAAAAACUUUGACGAGGAUAUUAUUUGAAUAUCAUUUAAAUUAAACAAUCCGCCCAAUCAUUGAAAUUUUUUCAUUAUUUUUUAUUUUUAUAAAGUAUAAGAGGUUUUUUGAAGACACUUUUUAUUGUCCAUUUGUGCAGUAAAUUAGAAAGGGUGGGUGAAUAUGUAUAAUAAAUUAAAAAAAUAAUGAAAAAUAAAUUGAAAAAAAAAAAAAAAAA